AUGAUAUACUCUGCACAAAGCGAAGAGCCCUUCCACUGCUCACCAGCCCACCAGCCCGAAGAUGCCAUAUGCGGGGGGAGCGAUACCGACGAGAAUGACGAUGAGAUACGCAGGAGACAGCACCGAUACGAGAACCAAGCACGGAGGUAUAUGCGUGGCCAUCUCCCAGACCUGCAGUUGAUCCCCUACCGCCACCAGGUCGGCGGCCAUAAUACCAUGUGGCGAUUCUCGAAGAGCGCGGUCUGUAAACAAUUGCAUAACCGCGAGAAUGAAUUCUAUGAAAGGGUUGAGCGCUAUCACCCGCAACUGCUGAAAUUUCUGCCUAGGUAUAUCGGCGUCCUCAAUGUGACUUUGGAUCCAACUGCUGAACAGCACAGCCUGUCCGUAAGUGGGUCACAGGUGCAUCUUAAUGGCAGUAUUGACGAUGGUCCCCCGCCCAAUUCCCACUACGCUGCUGGUCUGCUAGAACCGGCGAGAGUGAUUAGCCAGUCUCUCAAUCCAUCUUCCAUGCCUAUUCCCACUGUUUCCUUUGCGGACAAUGGACAUAUCAUACCCACGAGCUUUCUUCAAUCUCGACGUCAUUCAAUGGGGGCACAAGAUAGAUCCAAAAGCGAUAGUGACACAAAAUCACCCUCCCAGCCUCCCGAUAAGCAGGGCCAACCUCUGCAGACUCUACCUGCUAGCGAAGCCAGCUGGGGUGCAACCACUGUUAAUAAAAAGCUACGAAACGAAGUAUUCGGGGAGGCAUUUCUACAGGAGCCGGCUCCUGUUCGUAAGCAGCGAAGACCGACUUCCCAGCCCCGACCAUUACCACGGCAUGGCCCUAGCCUUCGAGUCACCAACCCGGAGCUCCUUCCUCGUCCGGUUAACCCCAAGGAGGCGCAAACCCAGCGAGGUUCCCGUGUCGAGUAUUUCUUGCUGCUUGAGGAUUUAACUGCUGGAAUGAAACGGCCUUGCAUAAUGGACCUGAAAAUGGGUACCCGCCAGUAUGGUAUUGAUGCCCAUGAGACCAAGCGAAGAUCGCAAAGAAAGAAAUGCGGAGCGACUACGUCUAAAGAACUAGGCGUGAGGGUGUGUGGAUUGCAGGUUUGGGAUGUUAAGACCCAGACCUACAUCUUCCAGGACAAAUACUUCGGACGAGCACUUAAGCCUGGGCGGGAGUUCCAGAAUGCCCUCACUCGAUUCUUAUAUGAUGGAAUGGAUUACUCCAGCGUUCUGCGACAUAUUCCUACCAUCCUAAGUAAACUCGCAGUAUUGGAAGUUAUUAUCCGCGGCCUUGUCGGAUAUCGAUUUUAUGCCGCCAGUCUCUUGAUGUACUAUGACGGAGAUACCGAGGUAGAGGAUGACGCAGACGGCACAGAAACGGAGAAUAAUGGAAGCAGGAUGAGAGAGAUAGAUUUCAAAAUCGCGGACUUUGCGAACUGUGUUACAAGGGAGGAUCUUCGUUUGAACGCAAGUCGGUAUCCACCACAGCACCCUGAUCUGCCUGACAUGGGCUUCUUGAGGGGCCUAAGAAGUUUGAGGAACUACUUUCUGGCCAUACAAGAAGAGAAUGGUGGGAAAGCGGUCGGGCCUGCUAGGGGGGAAUUGAUGGAUGAUAAGGGUAUUCCUGCAUAUGAGGAUGACGAGGGAAGUCUAAGCUAUUAA